AAAAGUAAUUUAUUUUAAUCUUAUUCAGUUUCACUAAUGAAGUUUCAUUUAUCUGUUUAACAAACAGACUUUGCUAACAUUACUUUUCUAAUUUUCAUAAACAAUUAGAAAAUUUGAAUUCAGUAAUGUUAUAGCCUCAAAAAUGUUUCCCAAACAUUUACCUAAUAAGACUGUGUUAAUAUCUCUACACCAUUACUUGUUAAUGAUAAAAAUAAGAAAUAAAUAAACAAAUACCGAUACUAAUUGUAUUUUUCUUUAACAACAAUUAUUAUAUAAAUAAUCAGUUUAGCGUGGGACUUUAAAGAAAAUAAAUAAACAAGUAGGAACCUAAUUAUAUUUUUCCCACCGCUCCAUCCCAAAUUCCAGAAAAUGGCAGUGACACCAGAAAACCUCCUUCGCCGUCCGCUCACCACCCAGAAGUGCACGCUGGGCUGUCCGGUCCUCGAUCGCUGCCUCGCCGGCGGCAUUCCCUGCAACUCCAUUACCGAGCUUGUUGCCGAGAGUGGUUGCGGUAAGACCCAACUCUGCCUCCAACUAGCCCUCUAUGCUCAGCUUCCACUCUCCAAUGGCGGCCUCUCUGCCUCCACUCUCUACAUCCACACCGAGUUCCCUUUCCCCUUCCGCCGCCUCCAGCAACUCUCGCGCUCUUUCUGCUAUUCGCACCCUGAUCUCCGCUGCAAUCCGUGUGACAAUGUAUUCGUUCACGCUGUACAUUCUGCAGACCAAUUGCUCGAUACAAUGCCCCACAUAGAGACAUUCCUUUCUGAGCCAAAAGCCCAGUUGCCCAUCAAACUCAUUGUGAUCGAUUCGAUCGCGGCGCUCUUUCGUUCCGAAUUUGACAACACCCCUUUUGAGCUCAAGCGAAGAUCGUCGCUGUUUUUCAAGAUAUCUGGGAAAUUGAAGUCAUUGGCGAAGCGGUUCGGUUUGUGUAUUGUGGUAACGAACCAGGUGGUUGAUUAUAUUGGAGCAAAUGAGGGGAUAAAUGGGUUGAGGCUCGGAAAUUUUGGCUCUUUGUAUUCUUCUGGAAGACGAGUUUGUGCGGCUCUUGGACUAGCUUGGGCCAACUGUGUGAAUACGAGGUUGUUCUUAUCCAGAUACGAGGAAGUUAUCGGAGAAGACAAGGAUUUGAAGGAGGUAGAAGAUGGUGACUAUCUUUGUAGGCAAACAAGGAGGCAACUCUCUGUUGUUUUUGCUCCUCAUUUGCCGGAUUGUUCAUGUGAAUUUGUAAUAAGAAAAGAAGGCGUCUUUGGAGUUGGAUGACCCUGUAUUUUCCAUUCAUGUUCAUUUUAAUUAUGAAAUUUUGCUUAAUUAUUAAUUUUUUAAGGUACAUAAUGCCAAUUUUUUCA